UCCACCAAGUAGUAUCAUGUAGUUUCAAAACUUCUAGAAGGGACUGGGAACAGGCUAUUCUUUGUUUAGGCCAGCAUCCCACGUAUGGCCAAGGGACAGCAGGUGCAGAAGAAUUUGACUAACUAAACAGUUACCUGGAUUUCUGGCUGCCUUUUUUCCCCUUUCAGUUAUAUUUCAAGAAAUCAAAAAUGAAAGCUGCAAAGGACAAAAAGUGAAUUGUUCCAGUGCCAUGGAGACAUAAGAGCUAUGGAAGAAAGAAAGAAUUGGAAAAUAAAUUGACAAGUUGGCAUAAGAGAUAACUCCUUUUCCAGAAUUGUUACUAUGGAAACUUGGUGAGAUGGAAAUAACUACUUGUGGGAUGGCUCCCCAAGUUGCUGUAGCCUUGACCCUGAAGGGGCUAACAGAGAGGAGCGGCGCCCAUGGGGAGUCCAGAUUGGCAGCAUUGGUUUUAGCCAGGACAUACGAGGCUUGUGGGAACCUUGAAGCCCUUCUCCCUGGGAGCUUAGGGCUACCGUUCAAGUUUUAAAACCCUAGUUGAACUACAACUCCCAGAAGGUUCUGCCGCGCCGCGUAUGCGCAGUGGAGAGAGUUGGCUGGAGAGGAGGAUCUCCCGAUUCCCCGGCGUAGAAAACGAAAGGUCGGUAGGGGGAAGCCGAUUGGCUCUGAUUAGCUGUAUGACUUUACUCAAAUCAUUUAAGGGCUCCAGGUCUAUUUCUUGGAUUUUAAAAAUAGGGGAGUUGACUGGAUGAAUUGUUUCUAGUAUCUUAUCUAGAUCUUUAACCUUUGCCAGAGGUGAAAUCUGUGCCUCAAGAAUUAGUCAACCAACAGAUAUUUACUGAACAGGCUGUGUACCUAGUCUGAAGAAGAAUACAGAACAUGGCAAGGACAGCUGGAGAAAGAAAACUAAGACGCAGAAGUCAAUUAAGGGCCAAAUUGCUCUAAAGGAGAGGGGUGGAUAGACAAUAUGGCCAGGAGGGCACUGAAAAUUGUUUCUUGGACCAGCAUGGCCCUGGCUUCCUCUGGCUUCUACUUCUACAGUAACAAGUAUCUGGACCCCAAUGAUUUUGGAGCAGUCAGGAUAGGCAGAGCUGUAGCCACAACGGCUGUCAUCAGUUACGACUACCUUACUUCCCUCCGGAGUGUUCCUUAUGGCUCAGAGGAGUAUGUACAGCUCAAAUCCAAGGUCCACCGUCGCUCAGCUGAGCGCCUUCGAGAGCUCUGCUGUGCCAACAGAGGCACCUUCAUCAAGGUGGGCCAGCACCUCGGGGCCCUGGACUAUCUGCUGCCUGAGGAAUAUACAAGUACCUUGAAGGUCCUGCACAGCCAUGCCCCGCAAAGCAGCAUGCAGGAGAUCCAGCAGGUGAUUCGGGAGGACCUGGGCAAAGAGAUCCAGGACCUAUUUCAGAGUUUUGAGGAUACCCCACUCGGGGCUGCCUCCCUUGCCCAGGUCCACAAGGCUGUGCUGUAUGAUGGGAGAACUGUGGCAGUGAAGGUCCAGCACCCAAAGGUACAAGCCCAGAGCUCCAAGGACAUUUUGCUCAUGGAGGUGCUUGUUGGGGCCGUGAAGCAGCUAUUUCCUGAAUUUGAGUUCAUGUGGCUGGUGGAUGAGGCAAAGAAGAACUUGCCUCUGGAAUUAGACUUCCUCAAUGAAGGGAGGAAUGCAGAGAAAGUGGCCAAAAUGCUUAAACGCUUUGAAUUCUUAAAGGUCCCUCGUAUUUACUGGGAGCUGUCAACUCGACGAGUCCUCCUGAUGGAAUUUGUAGAAGGUGGACAGGUCAAUGAUAAGGUUUACAUGGAGAAGAACCAGAUAGAUGUCAAUGAGAUCUCCCGACAACUGGGAAAGAUGUACAGCGAGAUGAUCUUUGUCAACGGUUUUGUGCAUUGUGACCCACACCCAGGCAACGUGCUGGUGAGGAAGUGUCCAGGAACUGGGAAGGUGGAGAUUAUUUUGUUGGAUCAUGGAUUGUACCAGAUCCUGACGGAUGAGUUCCGCCUGGACUACUGUCACCUCUGGCAGGCCCUGAUCAAGGCAGAUAUGAAGCAUGUGAAGAAAUACAGCCAGCAGCUUGGGGCAGGGGAUCUCUAUCCCCUGUUUGCCUGUAUGCUGACGGCCCGGUCCUGGGACUCUGUCAACAAAGGCAUUGGACAGGCGCCAGUCAAUGCCAAUGAGGAUGUAGAGAUUCGAAACAAUGCUGCUACCUACCUCCCAGAAAUCAGUCAGCUCCUUAAUCAGGUACCCCGGCAAAUGUUGCUCAUCCUUAAGACUAAUGACCUGCUCCGGAGCAUCGAGACAUCCCUGUCUACUCGGGCCAGUGCCAGCUCCUUCCUCAACAUGUCUCGUUGCUGUACCCGAGCCCUGGCUGCGCACAAGAGGGAGCAGACUUGCUCAUUACUCAAAAGGACCCAGAUAUCUCUUGGGGAAUCUCUCAGCCUGUGGCAGAUCAAUCUGCACGAACUCUUCUUGCGCAUGCGGGGGUCCUGGCUGGGACACUGGGUCUUUGCCCUGCUCUACUGGCUGUCUCCUACUCCACAAUGAGCAGCAGACAACAUCCUCCAUCUUGCCCUACAGUGACACGGGGUUGAGUGGGUCAGGAGGGGGAUUCUACUCUGGCUCUGCUUUCCAAUGAUGUGGUGGAGGGACUCCCAGGAUCAUUAUCUUCUCUGUGGUUGUACUCCAUGAUAUGUUCACCCACCCUUUUCUCAAUCUUGUCACCUUGUCACAGUGAUUACAGAGUCUACCAGCUCUCUCCUAAAAUGGUGGAACACCUCUCCCAACCCUUUCAUCUUGACUCUUGGAGCAAGGAAAGGAAAACUUGGGCAGGGAAAAAACACCAGCAAUUUAUUUCCCCCUCCUCAAAAGCAGGGUACUGUUGGAUUUAAUGUCACAACUCCCCACAGUCCACCUCCUUUCUCCAAAAAUGGAACCUCAGGGGUAGAACUCCACCAGCCUUUUACAUGGCCAGCUAUAGAACUCCUCCCCUAGAGUCCGCCCUGCUGGAUGGAUGUUCCCAUUACUGAGGCACAACUUGACUCCAGAAGGGAAUCGGGAUGGACGAGCCAGAAGAAACCACUCCUUUCCCUGGGAUGUCCCUUUGUCCCAGAAUGGUGAUGGAAAGAAAGCGGGCAUUCCUCUCCUCCCGACAUUUCUGUACCAGCAAGUGUAGGAAAUUAGGACAAGGGAAUCUGUGAAUUAAACACACUCCAUUUGUGCUAUAAGCCUGUCCAGGUAACCUCUGCUGUUUCCUAUCAAGUAAAUGCUUCAAUAAAAACUCCAGUGUUAUACAAACCAACUUCCUGAUGUAUCUACUUUUGGGGCCCUCCCCAAGAAGGAACCGUGGUGGUGUUUCGUUUUUUCAGUUGUGUCCGAUUCUGGUAACCUCAUUUUGGGGUUUUCUUGGCAGAGAUACUGGAGUUGUUUGCCAUGUUUUUCUCCAAUACGCUUUUACAGAGGAGAAAACUGCAGCAGACUGUGUCCGGUGACUUGUCCAGGGUCACACAGCUAGUGAGUAUCUGAGGCCCGAUUUGCACUCAGGAAGAUGAGUUUUCCUGAUUCCAAGCCCAAGGUGCUAUCCACUGUGCCAUCCAGUUACUCAUUAAUUAGAUACCAUGGUAAGAAUUGCCGUAGCUGUGAAAUGAGCAAAAUCUGAAGAACAUUGGACAAGCAACAAGAUUAUGUUGUGACCAACUGUGGUGGACUUGGCUCUUCUCAACAAAGUGGUGAUGCAAGGCAGUUCCAAUAGACUGGGGAUGGAAAAUGCCAUCUAUAUCCAGAGAGAGAACUAUAGUGACUGAAUGUGGAUCAAAGUAUAGUAUUUUCACCGUUUUUGUUGCUGUUGUUAUUGUUUGCUUGUUUAUUUCUUUUUCUUUUUUUCCCCCUUUUGAUCAGAUUUUUCUUGGGCAGCAUGAUGAAUAUGGAAAUAUGUUUAGGAGAAUUGCACAUGUUUAACUUAUAUUUGAUUGCUUGUUGUCUAGGGGAAGGAGGAGGGAAAUGGGAGGGAGAAAAUUUGGAACACAAGAUUUUGCAAAGGUGAAUGUUGAAAAUGAUCUUUGCAUGUGUUUGGAAAAAUAAAAUAUUACUAAAAUAAUUUUUUUUAUUUUAAAUUGCCUUAGCUGCACAAACCAGAGCCUUUCCUAGUCUGACAGAUGUAUCAUAGCAUUACAGCCCUAGACCUAGAAGUGAUAUUAAAGGUCAGCAAAUACAACUCCCUCCUUUUACUUAUGAGGAAACUAAGCUUCAGGUAGGUUAACUAACUUAUUCCUAGUACAGUCCCUGUCACUUAGUAGGCAUUUAAUAAAUGCUUGUCAAUUAGCUAAAUAUUUGCUCAAGGCUAUCCCGUUAAUAAGUGUGUAGGAUGGGAUUUGAACCCAGGUUUUCCUGACUUCAAAUCCAGUGCUGCUUUCUAUAUCAUACUGCCUAUAAGUCUUGGGCCUAGUCUUAAUUGAUAAAAUUUGUGUUAAGAAUGAAUUCAGUUGAAUGAGGGUCUUCUGACUCUUUAUCUGCUGUUCUUUUUUUAGCACCACAUUAGAGUCAAGAGUAAAGCAGAGAUAAAACAUACAUACGUGUGUGUAUAAGAACUUAAUUCAAGAGAUAACUCAAAAGAUAAAAUGGGGAAUCCCAGAAAUCAGGCCUAUGGCCUUGACACAAAAUACAGGUUAACAGUGAAAGAUCUUUGAAUGAAAAGCAAUCCUAAUAGGUGACACAGUGAAUAGAGUGCUGGCCCUGAAAUCAAAAAAACCUGAGUUCAUGUGAAAAAUAGGAUCAUGAAUGGAUUGUUGGUGAAGUUGUGAACUGAUCCAACCAUUCUGGAGAACAAUAUGCUGUAACAUAUCAGAUUUUUGUAUCAGAUAUGUAACAUAUGGAGAACAAAGGGCUGUAAAACUAUGCAGAAGCCUUUGACCCAGCAAUAUCACUAUUAGAUCUGUAUCCCAAAGAAAUUGAAGAAAAAGGAAAAGGACUUCUAUGUACAAAAUAGUAAUAGUAGCUGUUGGCAAAAAAAAAAAAAAAAAAGAAA